UGCUACUGGGUAUUUCGCUUAGCUGUGCUCUCUUUUCCAUGGCAUGAAGUGUGUCCGAUGUGAUCAGUGAGUGUAGCGCGCCGCAGCGCGGGAAAGGGGCGGCGGCGGCGGCCCUGAGGGGAGCGGGCGCCUGCCCGCACUCUGCUCCUGCGGAGCGCCGAGCCGGAGAUCGUCGGAGCCGCUGAAACUCCACGGUUUAGCUGUCUCCAUGGCAACCAGUGCCGUUCCCAGCGACAACCUCCCCACAUACAAACUGGUGGUGGUGGGAGAUGGGGGAGUGGGGAAGAGUGCCCUCACCAUCCAGUUCUUCCAGAAAAUCUUUGUACCUGACUAUGACCCCACCAUUGAGGACUCAUACCUGAAGCACACAGAGAUCGAUGGCCAGUGGGCAAUCUUGGAUGUCCUGGACACAGCGGGCCAGGAGGAGUUCAGUGCCAUGAGGGAACAAUACAUGCGCACUGGGGAUGGCUUCCUCAUCGUCUUCUCUGUGACAGACAAGGCCAGUUUCAAGCACGUGGACCGCUUCCACCAGCUCAUCCUGCGGGUGAAGGACAGGGAGUCUUUCCCUAUGAUCCUGGUAGCGAACAAAGUGGACCUGGUGCACCUGCGCAAGGUGACAAGCGAGCAGGGCAGGGAGAUGGCAGCUAAGCACAGUAUUACUUACAUCGAAACAAGUGCCAAGGACCCUCCACUGAAUGUGGACAAGGCCUUUCAUGAGUUGGUCAGAGUAAUCAGCAGGUGGUGUAGUGCUUACAGCUUCUACCUUUCACCUGAAGGACCUGGGUUUGAAUCCCUGCUCCUGCUUCUUCAAGGCAGCAGAUCCCCGAGAAGAACCAGAAGAAGAAGGCCAAGUGGCGUGGGGACAGAUCCACUGGUUCCCACAGACUUCACUGCGUCAUCUUGUGAUGACCACCCCCGGUCAUCCCCUACCCCCUCCUCCAGCCUCCCCUGGGCGAAAGCUGCAUGCCUUUUCCUGUAGUCAAGAGGGAUAAGGAAUAAAGCUCCACUGUUCAGACUCAACAUGGUUCUCUCCAGUACACAUACCACACUCCUCAUGGGGAAAAAGUGAUUGUACAAAGCUUGGACCAGAAGCUCUGUUCCAUGGGUUCCUUGUCAAGGAACUGAACCCUUGUAGAGCCUACUUCAUAGCUCUGCUGGAGGACAAAGGGGUGAACGCAAGGGUUUCUUGAAGGUUUGUAGCUGUUCACAGCAAGUUGGUCCCCAUGUUUUUGUGAUCCAGUUUCCUAGUGACUUUGCAGAAAGACUUUGCUUGGCUGAAGAAUGUGGCUGAAGAGCCCGCUCUGUGGCCAAACCUCCUGUUUGUUUUGGGUGCCCCCUGGAUGUCUAGCAACCAUGGAGAGCUGACACGGCAGAAGGGACACAAUUGUUUCUAUUAGGAUCAGCUUGCAGAGCUGAACAGGGAAGGAGUGAGUGAACGUUUGGACAUCUCGAUAGGUUCCAGCUGGUAGGCGUCAUGGGAGGUUUUUCAAACACUGAACACUAUGUGGAAGCCUGGACAUCUGCCGGGGUGUAUUUCAUACAUUAAACGGCGAAGGAGUCAAAAUUUGUAGAUCAGCACCCCCCCCCCCCCCCCCCCCCCCCCCCAUUGUCAGGAAAUUAGAAGAGAAAAGGAAAGUUUUAUGAAAAGUGAAGAGUUUGGGAUAUGAAAGGCUGAUCUCACCUGAUGACAAACACCCACAUUUGAUACUAUCGGUGUACCUUCUCGUGUUCUUUGUGUUGUUCACCACCUGGUCAUACUAGGCUGAGUUAGUCUGAUGCAGAAUGGGGUCAUAACUUGAACAGAGAUUUGUGUUGAUAGUGGGGCAAAGGGAAUAUUAAUACUGGGGGGAUGAUGUAAGGUUGUGUUUUUUUCUUAGCUGGAGAUGUGAAACCACAAAGUCUUAUAGUCUUUUGGAUGAUCAAAUGGCUUUCUUUUUGUUGUGUUUUUACAUGACUAAUUUAUUACUCAUUUGUUUGGAUUGCGUAUGUGAUUUAGGUAGAAAUAUCUGUCAGUGCUUGGACUGCAGAACUGAAGCGCUGGGGCUCAUCUCAUCUGAUCUGCUGAGUCAAAGAUUUUCAAGCAAAAUAAUAAAGGUUACAUCUUGAAAAACAAGCCAGUUCAGAGAGCACAGUUCAUAUGAAUUUCCCCAAAUGUCAGUCUUGUGACUUAUGUGAAACUUGUACUGCACAUCAUCUAAAUAUGGUAAAAAGGUAUGAGUAUAAGUGGUGAAAGUAAAUAAGGACACACAUGGAGGAGAAUAUUGCAGAGGUACUCUAAGUGCUCACCAAGAGUCAAAAUGGCCUUGAUGGUAUUUCAAAACAGCAGAGCUCCUGUUUUUCACUAGAAGGAGCCAGGUUUAGUCCCACAUCCUGUGACGGUACCCUUAAUCAAGAUACUUACCCUAAACUACAUUUAUAUUGAUUUAUUUAGCAGAUGCU